AUGACAUCGCACAUUCAUCAAUCGCGUUACAAAGUAGCAUUGCCAAACUGUGUUCGCAAGGUGGACAUUCGCACCCAUGAGGGGGUGGAGGCCAUACUCAAAGAAUCGGACUUUUCAAGAGAGUACGUUGCUGCCACAUUGCAAGAUGCCCUUGAGAUACGAGCGAAAGAAGAAUUGGAUCAGGAGGACAAAAUCUGUCUGUCUCAAGUGUAUACGCUGAUGCACUAUCUUUCGAUGAAUUCUGACAAGGACAGCAAUCUGUUGAUGGAAGGAAUCCGAGAAUCAGAUAUCCGUCUAUGGUUUGAAAUUGCCAUUGAUGAAAUCAAGAAACUGUCCGCCAAGCCAAGCUGGAUAUUGACUGGAAUCCUAGAUGAUUACGAAGAGUCGGUCUUACAUCCAUGUGUUACCUUGUGCUGUCAUCCGGUUCCUGUCAAAAUUGCGUUUGAGGCGGAAUUCUUUCACGCCUUGGCCAACUUUAUUCGAGCCAGGAAAGGAGGAACUAGCUUACCAUCACCACUGGUUUGCACUUCCAUCAAUGCCAUGGUAUUUUGGUCCUUCACUGUGGCUACCAAGAAACCCUUUGAUCCAAAAUGGUCCGACGAACAGUAUUUCGAUACCUUGGAGGAAUGUGGGAUGCUGGAGCAAUUCCUUCGAUGCGUCACGGUGCCACAGUUUCCGGAAUCGGAUACUUUAAUGACCAGGUUGCUCAACUCGAUCGCCUCUUGUCCCAAUUUACUCCGAACCAAGUUCCAGGAAGGGAUGCCCUGUAGAGACACUUUGCAGGCACUUGUGGAUGGUAAAGACGGAAGCAAAACCGAACGUGCAGUCGUCAUGGCUAUACUUCAUGGCAUUCUAGGGCUAGUAGAAAGGAUAACGCCAAUUGACGAAAAUGAUCUUGUAAAAUCGCAAUGCGGACACUGUCGCGAAUCAAGCACAUCGCAAGAGUUUCAACGGUCACUUUUGCUUUGUUCUCGAUGUCGUCAUGCACGGUAUUGUUCCAAGGAAUGUCAGCGAGCGAAUUGGAAGGAACACAAGAAAAUCUGUGUCCCAGCUGCUACCAGCAAGUAG